AGAAUGAACUAUAGAACAGAUCAACAGACAGUAAAUGAAACUUAAAGAAAAAAAUACAAAUGGCUCAUAUAAAAUGAACUUGCAGAAAUACAGUUUGAUCACAGAAUAAGAGAGGGUUUAUCAAUUUGGCUUCUGCGUCAUUUCGGCAAUGGCGGGUCGCAGAGACAGGAUCCAACAGCUCCGUGGAUCUCGAAUUGCGAUUGCCAUCUUUGUCGGAAUUCUUAUCGGCUGUGUCUGUUCCGUCUUGUUCCCGAACGGCUUCUUUAACUCGGGAUCAUCCUUGAUUGCUAACGAAGAACGCAUUUCGAAAUCAACCUCUACGGAUGGAUUGGCUUCAUGUGAAUCAUCUGAACGAGUCAAAAUGCUCAAAUCAGACUUUUCAAUUAUCUCGGUAAAGAACGCAGAGUUAAGGAAGCAGGUAAGAGAACUAACGGAGAAGGUACGGUUGGCGGAACAGGAAACAGAGAAUGCAAGGAAACAAGUCUUAGUUUUGGGAUCAGAGAUAAAGGCAGGGCCUUUUGGUACUGUCAAGAGUCUGAGAACUAAUCCAACUGUUGUUCCUGAUGAGUCUGUUAACCCGAGAUUAGCUAAGCUUUUAGAGAAAGUAGCUGUCAAUAAAGAGAUCAUUGUGGUUCUUGCAAAUUCAAAUGUGAAACCAAUGUUGGAGUUGCAGAUUGCUAGUGUAAAGAGAGUUGGUAUUCAAAACUACCUCAUUGUCGCGUUGGAUGAUUCCAUGGAAAGUUUCUGCGAAUCGAAGGAGGUUGUGUUUUACAAGCGAGAUCCAGAUAAAGCAGUGGACAUGGUUGGAAAAAGCGGAGGUAAUCACGCUGUUUCCGGACUGAAGUUCCGCGUCUUAAGAGAGUUCUUGCAGCUUGGUUACAGUGUUCUUCUAUCGGAUGUGGACAUUGUCUUCUUGCAGAAUCCUUUUAGUCAUUUACACAGAGACUCUGAUGUUGAGUCAAUGAGUGAUGGUCACGACAAUAACACGGCUUAUGGCUUCAACGAUGUGUUUGAUGAACCAUCAAUGGGAUGGGCUAGGUAUGCACACACAAUGAGGAUAUGGGUUUUCAAUUCAGGGUUUUUCUAUCUAAGACCAACUAUUCCUUCAAUAGACCUACUCGAUCGUGUGGCAGAUACACUCUCUAAGUCAGAGGCAUGGGACCAAGCGGUUUUCAACGAGCAACUCUUUUACCCUUCGCAUCCAGGGUACACUGGCUUACACGCUUCCAAGAGAGUCAUGGAUAUGUACGAGUUCAUGAACAGUAAGGUACUCUUCAAAACAGUGAGAAAGAAUCAAGAACUGAAGAAGUUGAAGCCAGUGAUUGUGCAUCUCAAUUACCAUCCAGAUAAACUCGAACGAAUGCACGCUGUGGUAGAGUUCUACGUUAAUGGCAAACAAGAUGCGUUGGAUAGCUUUCCCGAUGGUUCAGAUUGAUAAAAGAGAUGGAUGCUUGUUAAGCAAGAUAUCGAAAAACCCAAUCAUCUUCUUCUUCCUCGAGUUAAGAAAAAAGGUAGGCUAAGUUUCAUCUUCCCACAUCUGUUGUUAUAAUCAGUUAUCCUUUUAGGUUCCUAGUUCUUCUUCUCUACUAAGAAUCUUGUGUAGCCUAUAGCUGAAAAACUCAAGAGUCUUAUUAACAAUACUGUAUUGUUGACCACAGUUUCUUAUUUAGUCAGAAAAGUCUCUCUUUUUUUAACUAUGCAUUAUUUCCUGACCACAAAAAAAAAUUAUGAGAGAGACAACAAACGAGAGAUUAGGCAAGAAAGAGAGAUAUGGAAGA